UCGCGCACGUCUCCUUGCCCAGUUGCCCCCCUUCUUCCUCCACGCCCGAACUUCCCAGAGCCUACUGAAGAGCACCAAAACCCUAGGCAUGCAGAAGCAGACGGGCAAGUCCGGUGGAAGCGGCGGGUCCACGUCAGCAAAGCGCGGCCGUCCGUUCGGAAGCACCACCGGCGGCGGGGCUGCCGCCGCAGCGGCGGCGGCCAUCGGCGAUCCUGCGGCGCCGGCCGCCCUCGUUGGGCCCUCCCUCCAGGUCCUAACUGCCCUAUCUGAUCAGAACAAUAAAAGAAUUGUCCUUGCAUUGCAAAGUGGUUUGAAGAGUGAGAUACUGUGGGCACUGAAUGCCCUCACAGUACUCUCAUUUAAGGAGAAGGAUGAUCUUCGAAGGGAUACAACACCUCUUGCUAAAGUUCCUGGUCUCUUGGAUGCUCUCCUUCAAGUUAUUGAUGAUUGGCGAGAUAUUGCAAUGCCCAAGGACCAUACGAAGCCACCAAGAGUAAGAACUUUGGGUGUCAAUACAACACUCUCGGGCUUUGGUCUUGAAAACAUUGGAAAAGUCUACUCGGACACCGCUACUCCUUCAAAUGAUGAAUCAAAGAAAGAGGAUUCCACCAUCACGAAGAAGAGAUCUGCAGGAUUUUUGUUGGAUGAAGAGGGUCUGUUUAAUAUGGAUGAUGAAGGACGGACAGAAAGGCAGCAAUGUGCUGUCGCAGCCUCCAAUAUAAUCCGCAAUUUCUCUUUCAUGCCAGAAAAUGAGACUAUCAUGGUUCAACAUAGACAUUGCUUGGAGACUAUAUUUCAGUGCUUAGAAGACCAAAAUACUGAAGACGAUGAGCUUAUAACAAACAUGCUGGAAACCCUAGUCAAUUUAGCACCUGUGCUGGACCUGAGAAUCUUCAGCUCAUCAAAGCCAUCAUUUAUUCAAAUGACUGAGAAAAGUGCAGUUCAUGCCAUAAUGGGCAUGCUUGCGUCUUCAGUAAAGGCGUGGCAUUGUGCUGCUGCUGAAUUGAUUGGACGGUUGAUAAUCAAUCCAGACAAUGAAUCUUUUCUUCUUCCUGUGAUUUCACAGAUAUACAAGAGGCUAGUUGAUCUCUUAAGUGUGCCAGCAUUUGAUGCACAAGCUGCUGCUGUCAGUGCACUCUACAAUGUAUCGGAAGUGAAUAUGGAUUGUAGGCUGAAGCUUGCAUGUGAACGAUGGGCUAUCGAUAGACUCCUCAAGAUCGUUAAGGCACCACACCCUGUGCCUGAGGUUUGCAGGAAAGCAACAGUGAUACUGGAGAGCCUUGUCUCCGAGCCUCAAAACAAGAUGCACCUUCUCGUUCAUGAGAAUACCUUUGCUGAGAUCCUGACGACAGAAGGGAAAUACUCGGACACGUUUGCUCGGAUUCUAUAUGAGCUGACCGCUAGGCCGAGCAACAAAGUGACAUCUGGGCAAGCUAUCUGGGGAAACAUAAACUGAUGCAUGUGCUGACCCUAAAAAGUUGUUGUUUGAACUUUGUGAUGUGGACACUGGAUGUAAUCUAGGUACUACUUGUGUGUUAAAAGGCAGUUGAUGUAUUUAGCUCCCUGAUAUGUUGUGUAAGAACUUCGUUGGGAUGCUGAAGCUUGGAACUAUUAUUAUUUUAGAGAUAAAUUCUGGAACUGUUGGUAGAACUUA